UGCUUUAAGAACUUUCAGGAAUGGAUGUAAUGUGGUUCUUGAGCAUUGCAUUGCCCUUGUUGUUAAAUCCAAUCGAUGUUGCUCGGAGCCAACCUAUUGACAGCUUUGAUGAUGUAAUACCACUCUCAGACAUGGAUAUUCUUACAGAAAAUAACCCAUCAGAAACAGACGAGGGGGAGCCACUGGUCGAAGGUGAUAUGGUUCUCCCACCUGUGGAUCAUGAAGAUGGAAAUGACGUAGAUGAUGAGCUUCAACCUAGAAAAGGAAUUCUUAAUAUUUUGUCCCUAUGGCCGAGUGGAAGAGUUGCCUAUAAUUUUCAUUCGUCUGUAAACAAAGACACAAGAGAAAAAAUUCGAUUAGCAAUGGAUGAAUGGGAAAACAGAACAUGCCUGAGAUUCCACGAAACGCUUAUUGAUUUCAAUUAUUUAAGAUUCAGAACAGAUAAAAGCGGCUGUUGGUCUCUAGUGGGUCGGCAAAAUAGACUUUUUUCUGGUCAAGAUGUAUCUAUUGGACCUGGAUGCGAAAGAGUCCCUGUUAUUGUACACGAAAUCGGACAUGCCAUAGGUAUGUUCCAUGAGCAAUCCCGGUUAGACAGGGAUGGGUAUGUCACAAUCCUUUGGAACAAUAUUCCGUCUGGAUUAACAUCACAAUUUUCAACGAAUAUGGACUAUCCUAGGGGAGUAGAAUAUGAUUACACAUCAGUUAUGCAUUACAGCUCAAUGGCUUUUACCAAACAGCUCUUUGUCAAGAACACUAUUGUGACAAAAAAUCCUCAUUACCAAAGACUUCUUGGCAGUGGAAGAGUGAUUUCCUUUAGGGAUGCAAAACUCGCCAACAAGAUGUAUUCCUGUAGCGCUUUUUGUCCAAAUCUUCUGAACGAGACGCAGCAAUGCCAAAAUGAUGGUUACAUGGCUCCUUACCGAGGAAAUGGCCAGCCGUGUCCUUGUGUUUGUCCUCCAGGUGCAACGGGAGAAUUCUGUGAAACCCUUAUCACAGAUGAAUAUUACAGUCCUCCGAUUUGCGGUGGAAAUAUUACUGAAGAAACAACCAUCCAAACUCCAGGUUAUCCAAAUAGAGAAAGUCCUAAUGACUCUUGCAGCUGGUGGAUUCAAGCUCCCAGAGGAAAACGGGUGAUGGUUAAAUUUGAAGAUUUCAGUUUCUACCCUCGGCUGGAGUCUCGAACAAGCAAAUACAGAGGAAGAUGCGUCACAGAAAGAGUCGAAAUCAGAACCAGGAACAUGGCAGAAGGAAACAUGUUUUGCGGCGAAGACAUCAAACCAGGGACCAAUUUAGCUUCCACCGGGCAGCAAUUCAUCAUCAUUAUAACUUCAAAUGGAGGAAUGAGAGGAACGAGAGGUUUGAAAGCGAAAGUUUCUUUCAUUUGACUGAACUCUUUAUACUUCACUCAUCUGCUGUACACUAAUCAUCAAUAAAAGUCAUUGAUUUUUUUAAAAAAAUAAAAGACACGAUCAAAUUGUCA